AUGUCGUUCAACAGCUCCUACGAAGAAUAUUACGAUGCCUCAUCUCAGCUGUUUCAGGACGAAAGACACGGUCCAGAAGAUGAAGACCGUCAAUGGGAUUCUGGAGGAUUUCCUCCCCGCAAAUCGACCACAUUCUCAAAGAAAUUACCAGAAGUGCCAACAAUUUACAAUCGUUCAAGUACCAAAUUUAGGGAUGGAUUCCCCAACGCCCAUCCGUACACCAGGCCGAAAGGUAGAAGAAAAAUGCCAGAAAUACCAACAAGACGUUGCAAUAGCAAACAGAGUACCAUCAAUGAUUAUAGUGGUUUUGGAGAGCAAGGAUAUUCGACAAGGAGAGGGGCAAGUUUACCUCCGACCCCUACUAAGGCCCCCAAGCUCCUUCCUCGGAUUGAAAAUGGUACAAAACCGUUCAACAGUUUACCAGGAACACCUGGCAGGAAACUGCCCCAACCUAAUCUUAAAAAUCGCAGGACAAGGCUGCAAACGAAAAGUUCUUCCGUGGAUAAUUACUAUGAAGACGGUUACUACGACGACAAUACAAUAAUAAAGAUUGAUACGGUCGAAUCGAAGGAACCUGUCUACAAUGAGGAUUACAAUUACGCAUAUCAGAGUAUGGACAAUCUCCCUGAUCAACAGCAGGGGGUGACAUUGACUGAGUAUUAUGAGAAUGAGACUGAUACCAAGAAGUUCGGCGGUUACGUUGAAGACGUUCAACCUGCUGUUAAUUACGGCCAGAGUAAUUACGACACGACUAAUUCGAGAGACUAUUAUGAAGACACGUACGGUUAUGGAAAGGGAGUGAAAACUGCACAGUAUCAAGAGGAUUCAGUAUACCAGAACGAAGUGGAAACGAUAGCUUCUUCGCACGAAAAGCCUGUCUCAAACGCCUAUACAUUUACACCUAUACGAACAGAAGGUAAUGACUUUUACACGGACGUGAAAACAACAAAAACCCCUCUGAUAACGACCACCAGUUCUGUAAAUACCACUGGCUUGUCCAGCACGUCGCAAUAUCCAUGGGACCAAUCGUACCAAACCGAAGCAAUAGUUUCCACGCCUGAAAAAAGCAUAGGCUCAAGACUGAGCAAUUUCAUUCAUCCACAGCCCACUUCGUACCAUCAUACCACGGCAGCAGCCACCGUGUCCAGCGUCGCUCCUACAUACACGACAACCUCCUACAGCACGCCUUCCGCAGUCUCCACAGUUUCCGAUUACGUCACCGUUACAGCCACCAACGUUCCAACGUCUCAUCAUCAGACAAGAGGAAUGCUAAAGCAGCAACAAUCCAUAGAUUCCACGUACCAGCAGGAUGAUUAUGAUAAACAAGACAGGCAAGAAUCUAUCGAGAGUUACGAGGAGACAGAGGAAGAUUUGGAAACGAAGGAGUUGCACCAGGACGAGUAUCUUCCGGAAUACCAGCAGCAGCAGCAACAACGGCAAGCAAUAAUGGCGAAGGAAUCCCAAUCUCCCGCGUCUGUGAUAUAUAACGAAGAUGACGAGCAGAGUCUUCGGAGGGGUUCUUCGCAGAUAACAGUCGUCGAUCCGUAUCAUAUUUUGAGCCAGAGGGCUGCCGCUGAUUCUCUAGUUACGAAUUCGCGUAGAUCGUCAGCAGAUCCGCGAUUUGCCGAAAAAGCUCAGCCCGUUGUUGAUAAGUAUCCGCAGGACGGUGCGGCGGCGUCCAUCGAUGACCAGUUCGGGGUCGACGCGAACCGAACGGCAACAUCUUCGCUUGAAGCUGUGUAUCCGACUGACUUAACGCGACGCGCGUCGGUAAGACAGUCGCCCGCGAUGAACGUGACCGAACCGAAGGACAUUAUCGAGAACGAGGUCGUACACGAAGAAGAACUCGACCAUUUCGAGGAACAUCACGAGGAACCCGAACCUGCACGACCGAAGGUUACGGCGCAGCAGAGGUGGCUUUGGGCGUACAACAAAAUCAUCAUGCAACUCAAUAGAAGGACAUAG